AUGGGAAACGCAUUAGAAUAUCUUCAUGGAAACAAAGUUGUUCAUCGAGAUUUGAAAGUUGAAAACAUACUGUUAGAUAGCAAGAAUAAUGUCAAAUUAAUAGAUUUUGGAUUUUCAAAUGUUCAGUUAGAUAAUAGGUUUCUCUGUACAUUUUGUGGUUCACCACCAUAUGCUGCUCCUGAAUUACUCUUAGGCAAACCAUAUGAUGGGACCAAAUCCGAUAUUUGGUCUCUUGGUGUCAUAUUAUAUAUAAUGGUUACCGGUGGUUUCCCAUUUCCUUCUGAGUCUAUAGAUGCAUUGAAGCGGGCUGUUAUGCUAUGUGAUGUCAAAAUUCCAUAUUUUGUUUCUGUUGAAUGUGCUGAUUUGAUUCGAAAAAUGCUAGUCAUUGAUCCCUCUAAGCGAUAUACUAUGGCAAAUGUAUUGGCUCACAGAUGGAUUCCAACAGCUGCUAAAGGAGAAGUAGAGAAAAUUCCAUUGUACACUCACUUCGAGUUCACAUCAGCAAGUAGUUCCAGUAGUCCUCCUCCAAUACCUGUUAUUUGUCCAACUAUUUCUACUUUCAUUAUGAACAAUUCAACUUUUUCAAUAGAAGAAAUAAUGGAUGCUGUUCAAAGAGCAGAUUUCUAUCAUCCAGCUUACGGUACUUACCUGAUGCUUCAAGAUAAAAUAAAGGCUUGUGUAAAUUCAAAGAAUGAGCUGUCUCCCAGUCGUCGAGACUCUCGUGGUACACUCAGAGUUAAUUCGGCAAUGGAUGAUAUGCCGAUUAAUCCUGCAAGAGCACGCAGAGAUGAUUUCUCUGUACUUAGCAUGUCACCUAGCGAAUCACACGAGUCAUUCAACGAGUUGCUUGGCAAAGAUAGAAUAUCAGUGUUGAAAGAGGUUUCAGGAAUUGAAGGCCAUAUUAGAAGACCUAUAACAGUUGAAGAACAAAGGCGUCAUUCACUUUGUGCUGCAAAUGCAGCUCUGCAGUUCAACUUGAACCAGCACAAUCUCCACAACGGUGCUAUGCAUAUGAUGAUGAAUAUGAAUCAAAUUUCACCAACUAAUCAACCACUGCUUAGUUUCCCGAAAAUAGAUACGCCACAUGGACUGGCUGUGCCAAUAGAUGGUAAAUCAUACUCAUGCAGCGAAGAAUUCACAACAAAUCAAAUGCCAGCGUCCUAUUUCCAAAAUGCAGAAUCAAAAGAGUCUAUAGAAGAAGAAGGGCAAAAAUAUCUCAAUAAAUUUGGAGGAAAACGUUACACAGUUCAUGGAUUAGCGAAUACAGCAGAAGUUAAUAACUCAUUGAGACAUUCUCCGUACUCAAAAACAAGAUCAUCUGAUAGAAGAUGUAGUUGGACUGGUAUUGGAAUAAAUCAAAGUCAAAUUGCUGGGUUAGAAAAAAAAUAUGAAAACACAUUAUCAGGGAAUAGUCCAUCAAUUCAAACACUUCAAGAUGAAUUCCAAAAAUUAGGAGAAUUAAGUCCAAGAGAAAUAAAACCUCUAUCUUCAAUAGCUACGAUGAAAGAUCAAUCUGAAAAUAGUUCUCUAAUACAAUCGGGAGGUAUAACCUUUCCUCGUAUAUCAAUAACCGAUACUGCUAAUCCUUCUUGUUUUACGGAACAAUCUGAUUUGUUCGGUCAAAUUGAAAACGAACUAAGUCAUAUUCCAGUAGAAAGCUUGUUAUCUCCUAAUUCACCUAUUGCUAAGAGUUUUGAAACUGAGCUUUCGGUUGAUGUCAUUUCUCUAGAAAUUGAAAACAAGCUAAGAGAUCUUCAAGUAACAUACAAGGAGUCACGCGAGCUAGUAGAUGCGGAUCAUCCCAUGCUCCGUUUGUCUGUUGAUGUAGGCGUAGAAAUAGGUAUAACAAAAAUAAUUUGCUCUCAAGGGCAUUCUUUCGUCGAUAUGGCUGCUGUAGGCCAGAGAUCGGAUAGACAGCUAUAUGUGAUACAAGAAGUUCUUCAAACAUUAAAAUGCUGUGAUCCAAAUGGAAAAACAGAGUAG